CUGAACAUGGUGGUGUAGAACAGACCAACCAUGAUUUUGAAGCUAAACUCCAUGCCAAAAACCAGAAAGGUUUAAGACAGGUUAUAGUCAACUUCACUCCAUCGUUCUUCAGUGCUACCAUGGGGACGGGGAUUGUUUCGAUUCUUCUUUUCAACCUUCCCUAUAACGGCGAUUGGCUAUAUUGGCUAUCCGUGAUUGUUUUCGCCUUUAAUGUAUUCCUCUUUUCUCUGUUCAGUAUUAUCUCUUUCAUUCGAUACACUUUUUUUCGAGGUAUUUGGACAGCGAUGUUGAACCAUCCGACGCAGUCGUUGUUUCUCGGCACAUUUCCAAUGGGACUUGCAACCAUCAUCAACAUGAUCUGCUUCGUAUGUGUCCCGGCGUGGGGACAAUGGGCUGCCAAAUUGGCAUGGGCCCUCUGGUGGUUUGAUACCGUUAUUUCACUUGCAAAUAAUAUGUAUCUGCCAUUUGUUAUAAUGUCUCGGCAUAGCAAUGAACUUUCGGGGAUGACCGCAGCCUGGUUGCUGCCUGUCGUCUCCACCAUUGUCGCUUCUGCGUCUGGUGGGAUCGUGGCUUCGGUAUUAGAAAACGAUCAGCACGCUCUGUGGACCAUCAUUAUCAGCUAUAUCCUCUGGGGGACGGGAGUCCCUUUAGCAAUGACGGUACUCGCGAUGUACUUCCAUCGCCUAACGAUCCAUAAACUACCGCUCAGAGAAGUCAUCGUGUCGGUUUUCCUUCCACUGGGACCAUUAGGCCAGGGUGCUUUCAGUAUCAUGCAACUCGGGAAGCAGGCUAUGAGGCUCUUCCCCGUAACAAACAGCGUUCCUGCGCAAGUCCCAGCGGGCCCUAUACUCUAUGUUCUCGGCUUUGUGCUCGGACUCAUCAUGUGGGGGUUCGCGCUUGUGUGGCUUUUCUUUGCGCUCGCCUCGAUCACUCGGUCGAAAUUCCCUUUUAACAUGGGUUGGUGGGGAUUUACCUUCCCGCUUGGGGUAUUCACAACCGCGACGACUACCAUUGCAAAGGAGCUUCCUUCGUUGUUCUUCAAGGUGUUAGGCACAAUAUUCUCGGUUAUUGUCAUCUUACUUUGGAUCGUUGUUACCAUCGGCACACUUGUUAAAUCCUGGCAAAGGAAGAUAUUUGUUGCACCAUGUCUUAAAGAAUGGGAGAAGUUGGAGGCUGAACGUCAUGCGAAGGAAUGUCGAGGUUUGCGAGAUGCCUAGUCAGCUUUUUUAAAUGUCAUUCACAUAGCGCCAUUGAUAUCAAUUUGAAUUCGGACACAAGAUGUUGAAAAUAUCAGUCAGGUCAAGCCCUAUCAGAGAAACGUCACCAACGAGGCGAGGGUGAUUGUCCAUGAUGUUUUUCGUUCAGAGAAAGUGGAAUAUGGCUCUGAAGAGCUGGUGGCUGCGGAUUAUGGAUCCAUCCUACAACACGUAGGAAGGAUGGUGUUGUUCAGUGACAGAACUCUCUGGCAGCCCAGGAUCUUGAAGCUUUACCUGAGUUCUAUCUCCU